AUGCCGAGAGAUCGAGCGGCGUACCGAAAUGUCCGCUUUUACGACGCGUCAACAGGUGCGAGUAUUGGAGGUUUUUACCAGAAUGGCUCUAUCACCGAAGAAAACCUCAUCUGGAUUCUGAACGAUGUGCUUUUAAUUGUGGAAGAGGGAGACUCCUGGACUAUCCAGCACAGAGCCUCGGGCCGAACCAUCACGCCUUCAAGCAACCCCGUUGUGUCUGGAGAUUAUGACGUCUACCCCACAGGAUCAAUUCAAGUGACGGAUGAACCCUGGUUUGCCCGACUCACCAGCCGCUCUGUCUCGGGUCGGGAGGAUCGAUUCCGAGACGGAGUCCGUGCCAGAGAUGGGAAAUGUGUUAUAUCCGGACAGGUGAACCCUGGGGUCCAGUGGGAUGACUGGGCAGGGCUUGAGGCUGCGCAUGUGUUCCCGCUGGAGAGAGAGAGUCUCUGGAUCCAAUGCAACUAUGGGCGAUGGAUAACCGACAUGGAUCAUGCUGUGGGAGUGUCCAGAAUUAAUUCCAUCCAGAAUGGAUUACUUAUGGGAGGAACUCUGCACCAUCGCUUUGACCAGUAUCUAUUCUCUAUAAACCCAGAUGCAAAGGACGGCUACAAGAUUGUCGAGUUUGGACCUGGCAGCUGGGGAGUUGAUGGAAGAAUACUGGAUCCUAUUUGCCGCGACCCGGACACCAAUAGUCGUGUCUCGGAUGAGCUGCUCCGAUGGCACUUCCGACAGUCUGUGCUUGCCAACAUGCGAGGUGCAGGAGAACCCAUCUUUGAGUCCGACUUUCCCUCUGGAUCAGACAUGAUGGCAACCCUGCGCGAUGAACCGUACGGCAGAGAGAGGUUUGAGAUGGAAAUUCAGUCAAGACUGCAAUCUGUGGCUAGGGGUGACUAG